GUACUAAGUCCGUCCGGUCAAAUGAAUUCAGCGUGUACCUCACUUAUCCCGCCGGCGGUAGACUUCGAAGUCCCUGCCCCUGAGUAAGAAAGCGAAACUGAAGAAAGAAUUAAGGGGCUAAAAAUGGAGGUAGAAGGAGGAGCGACGUUGGACGACAAGGCCAAGAGAAUGAGGGAUCUCCUGUCGAGUUUCUAUUCUCCGGAUCCUUCUUCCGCGUCAUCGCAGCAGCCGAACACUUCCUCCAGAUUCGCGACACUUGAUACCAUCAACACCGCCUCAUUUGACGCCGACCAGUACAUGAAUCUCCUCGUACAAAAGUCCAAUAUGGAAGGACUUCUUCAGAAGCAUGUUGAAAUGGCUGCUGAGAUAAAAAAUCUUGACACUGACCUGCAAAUGUUGGUGUAUGAGAAUUACAACAAGUUCAUCAGUGCAACAGAUACAAUCAAAAGGAUGAAAAGUAAUAUUGUUGGCAUGGAAACAAACAUGGAACGGCUUCUUGAAAAGAUAAUGUCUGUGCAAUCUAGAAGUGAUGGGGUCAACACCUCUCUCUUUAAAAAGAGAGAGCAUAUAGAAAAGUUGCAUCGCACCCGCAAUCUUCUACGCAAAGUUCAGUUUAUAUAUGAUCUACCUGCAAGACUUGAGAAGUGUAUCAAAUCAGAAGCCUAUGCCGAUGCUGUCAGGUAUUAUACUGGAGCCAUGCCGAUUUUCAAGGCAUAUGGAGAUUCUUCUUUUCAAGACUGUAUGCGACAAUCUGAAGAGGCAGUUGCUAUAAUUAUAAACAACUUGGAGGGGAAGGUUUUCUCAGAUGCUGAGUCCAUACAAGCAAGAGCCGAGGCUGUCAUGCUUCUUAAGCAGUUGGACUUUCCGGUUGAAAGCGUGAAGGUUAAAUUGUUUGAGAAGUUGGAACAGUUCCUUGUGGACCUGAACCUUGAUUCCAAGGAAUUGACAAAUUCUUCGGUGGAUGUUAAUGGGUCUCCUGACACAGGAAGAGUUCCUGAUGCGGCUCCUGCCACUGCACAUGAGGCUUCUGUUCGUGAAUUUGCGGAAGCUGUUCGUGCUUAUAAAGUAAUUUUCUUGGAUUCAGAACCACAACUAUCUAAACUCGCACAAGACUUUGUUAGGAAGCACUUUGAGGCUACUCAUCAACAAAUUGAGAAGCAGCACUCUGCAGAUCUUACGACAAUCCUUCGAGUCAUCUGGAGUGAUGUGCUUCUGCUGGAUGAAGUGCUACCUGAAGCUUCUCUACCUGACUUUGCUUUGCAGUCUGCUCGUGUUGCUGUCAAAGACUAUAUAUCUAGCGCGUUUAGUCAUUUUCUGCUUCAUAUUUCAGAUGCCGUAAUGAAAGUCCAAGGUAGACAAAAGGAGGGAAUAGAGGAAGAAUAUCCUUUGCAGGCAGCUCUUGAGGCCAGCCAAAAGGCAGUUCUACAUGGCAGUAUGAAUAUCUUCCUGGAAUUCAGACGGCUUCUUGAUGAAAACUCAGAAUUAUUACUGAAGUUGAGAGAUCUAACAAUUGAUUGGGUCCAAGAAGGUUUUCAAGAUUUCUUCAGGAAACUUGAUGACUAUUUCUGCUUGCUCUCUGGAAAGAGUACUGUAGCCAGUCAAGAAGUGAAUUUGCUAGAGCGGAUGCCAGGCGAUAAAAUUGCUGCUGGUCUUGUUCUUGUGCUGGCUCAAUUGUCUCUUUUUAUUGAACAAAGUGCUAUCCCAAGAAUUACUGAGGAAAUAGCAUCCUCUUUUUCUGGUGGUGGUGUUCGAGGGUCUGAAUAUGGUCCAGCAUUUGUUCCUGCAGAAAUUUGUCGUAUCUUUCGGUCAGCUGGUGAAAUGUUCUUGCACCUUUACAUAAAUAUGAGAACUCAGAAAAUAUCAGUUCUCUUGAAGAAGAGGUUCGCAGCGCCCAACUGGAUCAAGCACAAAGAACCAAGGGAAGUGCAUAUGUUUGUGGAUUUACUUCUUCAAGAGUUUGAAGAAAUAAGAACUGAAGUAAAGCAAAUUUUGCCUCAAGGCAUCCUUCGUAAGCAUCGACGUACUGACAGCAAUGGGAGCACUGCAUCCUCACGCAGUAAUCCUUUGAGGGAUGAUAGACUGAACAGGUCAAACACACAGAAGGCGAGAAGCCAACUUCUAGAGACACAUCUAGCUAAACUGUUCAAGCAGAAGAUGGAAAUUUUUACAAAAGUUGAGCAGACACAGGAAUCUGUCGUAACAACAAUCGUGAAACUUUCCUUAAAGAGUUUACAAGAGUUUGUGCGGCUCCAGACAUUUAACCGCAGUGGAUUCCAGCAAAUUCAAUUGGACAUUUACUUUUUGAAGUCUACUUUAAAGCGUAUUGCUGAGGAUGAAGCUGCUGUUGAUUUCCUGCUUGAUGAGGUUAUCGUUAGCACUGCCGAGCGUUGUCUUGAUCCGGUUCCUUUGGAACCUCCCAUCUUGGACAGACUUGUGCAAACAAAGCUGGCCAAGACUUCCGAGCAAAGCAUGCCUUCUUAGGAGGAAAGGUCAAAUUAGGAAGUGUUGUCAUGCACUUAACUGUUGUUUGAAUGAUGAUUCUUCUCAAGUAUUAGUCACUCAACUUGAGCAUAAAUGUUCCCCUCAAAUCUUGGCUUGAUUUAUUUGAUACAAGUUAGGAUCGAGCAUUCUGGGGACAUGUCAAACUAGUUGUUGCUCAUGCCACAGCAAUGAAUUCCCAGCAUGCUUGAACUAUUUGUGAUAAGUCGAGGACUGCUGAAUCUAAUUGGUGGACGUCUCAGCGAGGAUAUGAUAUGCUUGCUUUUGUAGCAUAAGAAAAGCUAUAAGCACAUAGAUGUGUCAAAAUCUGUAACCACAUAUGUAUGCUUUUUGUAAUUGUAAUUUGCUAUUUUUCAUUUUUAUAUCCAAAUUUGUCUCCUGUGUUGUA